AUCAUCAUCAACAACAACAACAACAAGACGAAUUCCAAAAAUUUAUAAUCGUAGUCCAUAUCGACGUAAUUUUCAAUUGGAUAAAUUUCAAAUUGAUCCAAAUUAUUCAUUAACAUCACCUGGUUAUGAAUUACCACAAUCAUCAUCAUCAUCACCAUUUUCAAAUAGUCAAUUUUAUUCAGAAUUUAUACCGGAUAAUCGUAUGAUAACAAUGUUAUCAAAUCCAUUAACAUCAUCAUUAAUUAGUCAAAAUCAUCGUUAUAUGACUAAAACACCUGAAAGAGAUUUACAUUAUCAAACAAUAUUAAAACAACAAGAACAAGCAACAAUUAGACAUCCAUUUCAAGCAUUUCAAUUAGCAAAAGAUCAAGCUAAUAUGCGUGGUCAUAUGUUACGUAGUAGUUUACAAACAUCGGAUGAUGAUGUUUAUGAAGUUGAAUCGGCACCAGUUAUGAAAACAACAUCACCAUAUCAAUAUCAUUCAUUAUAUUCACAAUUUAAUAAUAAUAAUAAUAAUAAUAAUGUUUAUCGUUCAUCAUCAUCAUUAUCAAAUCGUUAUCGUUUACCACCAUUAUAUAGUUAUCCAUUAAAUCAACAAUUACAACAACAACAACAUUAUUAUCAACAACAACAACAAGAAUCUUCACAACCACCAAUUGAAUUACCAUCAAUUUCAAUGAGUUUUGAUCCAAAUCCAUAUCAACAACAACAACAAUCAACAAUCAAUGAAUCACCAUCACCAUCAUAUCAAAUGUAUAAUUCACCAUUAUCAUAUCAUCAAUUACAACGAAAAUGGCCACAAAAACGUUUUUCGAAUUGGGUUGAUUUCGGUAGGGAAAAUGGUCGAGAAUCACGUACAAAAGAAUUAACAACAUCUAUUCGUGUUGCACCUUUCACAUCAUCAUUUCAACCUGAUCAUUAUAAUCAUAAUCAUAAUCAAAAUAAUAAUCAACAUUCAUAUCAUUAUCGUCAACAGCAACAACCAAAUCAACAUCAAUAUGAAAUGGAACCAGAAACAAAAAAUCUUUUCAUGACAAUCGGUUUUGAUCAAACAUCAUCAGCAUCCAAUAAUAAUGAUAAUUCAAAUGAUUAUCCUGAUACAUAUGAAACAAGUGCAAGUCAACAACAGCAAAAAAUUUUCAACACGCAAUUAUCAAAUAAUAAUCAUUCGGAAUCAAUUUUACCAUCUGCAACAACAACUAAUCAGCAAGAAAAAUUAAAAAAAAAUCAACAACAACAAGAUGAUCCAACAUCAUCAUGGUUAGAUAUGGGUGCAUAUUCAGCAAAUAAAGGUGAAUUUGGUUGGUUUACCGAUACGCCGGUUAUUGUUGGUCAUAAAUAUCAACAACAUCAACAGCAGCAACAACAACCAUCAUCAUCAUCGUUUCGUGAUGGAAAAUUUUCAAAUGAAAGAAAUGAAUGAGAAAAAACAAAAAAAUC